ACUAGGGCUGUAGCAGAAGCGGGUAAACUGAAUCCCUCCGGCGGCAACAACCGGGGCGGCCCUUGGUUCCGCUGCGGUUCUUGGGGUGGAAUGGCGUUCCCUUGCCUGGAAGACCCAACUUUGGAGAGGAAUUUCAAAGGCCACCGGGAUGCAGUAAUUAGUGUGGAUUUCAGUCUAAAUAAGAAACAGCUAGUAAGUGGUUCUAUGGAUUCUUGUUUGAUGAUCUGGAGUAUGAAACCUCAGAUGAGAGCUUAUCGCUUUGUGGGUCACAAAGAUGCAGUAAUGUGUGUUAAUUUUUCACCAUCUGGCCACCUGAUUGCUUCAGGUUCUAGAGACAAAACAGUUCGCUUGUGGGUUCCAAGUGUCAAGGGAGAAUCGACUGCAUUCAAGGCUCAUACGGCAACAGUCAGAAGUGUUCACUUUUCUAAUGAUGGCCAGUCAUUGGUUACAGCCUCUGAUGACAAAACAGUCAAAGUAUGGGCUGUUCACAGACAAAAAUUCUUAUUCUCCCUGAAUCAGCACAUAAACUGGGUUCGCUGUGCCAAGUUUUCUCCUGAUGGAAGAUUGAUUGUAUCAUCGAGCGAUGACAAAACAGUCAAGCUUUGGGAUAAAGCAAGCCGAGAAUGUAUACAUUCUUUUUGUGAGCAUGGUGGGUUUGUCCCUCAUGUGGACUUUCAUCCUAGUGGUACAUCCAUUGCUUCAGCUGGCACUGACAACACAGUGAAAGUGUGGGAUGUCAGGAUGAACAGGCUGCUGCAACAUUAUCAAGUUCACAGUGCUUCAGUGAACUGCCUGUCCUUUCACUCCUCUGGAAACUACCUCAUUACUGCUUCUAAUGAUUCAACCCUAAAAAUAUUGGAUUUACUAGAAGGCAGGCUGCUGUAUACCCUACAUGGCCACCAGGGACCAGCUACCUGUGUUUCUUUUUCAAGAACAGGAGACUUUUUUGCAUCUGGAGGUUUUGAUGAGCAGGUAAUGGUUUGGAAGACAAACUUUGAUGCUGCUGAUUAUGGUGAUACACUAAAAACCCAGAAAUAUAGUAUGAAUGUGAAUGGUGUUGAUUACGGUAGUAACCUGAAAACACAGAAAUCCAGUAUGCAUAUGAAUGGCAGUUUUAACAGUAUGAAACCAAUGGACACUGCCAGCAGUGAGCAACAAAAAUCUGGAAUUAACAGAGAAGAAAAGCACCUGGAGAUGGAUUUUGGAGACUUUCCAGUUAAACAAAAAACUCAGGAAGCUGGAAGUGCAGAAUCAAUCCAAAGGCAGCAAGAACAGAUGGAUGAGGUUGGGCUUACCAGCACUCUCCAGCACAUUGUGGGACAGUUGGACGUUCUCACUCAGACCGUUUCCAUUCUAGAACAAAGAUUAACUUUAACAGAAGACAAGCUGAAGGAGUGUCUUGAGAAUCAACAAAAAAUUGCUCAAAGUAAAUCUAACUGAUUCUCCCCCGAGCUGAUGAAGGCAUUUUGUGUGUGAAUGUUUUUAAAGUGAAACAUACCUUAUUUUAUUAGAAUAAAUUGUAUAGCUAAUGAUGCUUGAAAUAAAUUUUGGUUAAGAUUAAACUUUCCUUUCUUAUUAAAAAUG